AUGGUGAUCAACAGAGCAUCGAUUAUCCCCGAAGAAGCAAAUACGCUGAAUAGCGGUAGCACCAGCUUGAAACUGAGAAGUGAUUUUAAACAGGAUAUGUCGUCGUCUUACUCUCCUUCUCUUAAUCAGAUGUCGUCGAUUGGCUUUGAACAGGUAGCGAAUAUACAACGAGGAGUUGGGGUGAUGUGUGCUGGUGGUGACGGCUCGCUGAGACGUGAUCGACAACGGUUCGAGCAGUUACUGAUGAAUGAUGUAGCCUGUAAUAAGUUGUUCGGUGCCACACGGAACGUUACCGAUGCAGCAGCACCUGUUCCGAAUGCACUGUUGGACGCAACGAGCGCUAGUGAUAACACUCAGCUGUGUGCAGCAUGCACCACGACAGCACCAACAACUACUAGCUGUGUGAAUCCAUUCGUUCUGGCUGCAGCAGCACUGAGUAUGCAGCAGCAGCAGAACACAACAACACAACAACCUCAGUUCGCAUGGAACGCGAACACCAAUACCAGUGAUGAGCAGCAGUUGAACUCAAGUUCAUAUUUUCAACAACUGCAUGCUCAUGCACAACAAGUAAUGCUACUUCAACAGUUGAUCACUGCGCAACAACUCCUAUCAGCAGCCACACAAAGCAGCAGUAAUCAACAGCAUGCUGACCAGCAGUGGCUUUCACAGUCAUUAUCACAGCCAUCAGCCACAAAUUUCAAUGUGAAUUUGUUGCGGAGAGGCAGUCUUUCAUCGUCAACCGCGUCGUCAUAUGCAUCUUCGUCGUCAUGCGCCUCUUCACCGAUCUUGUUAAACAAUUCAGAUGAAGAAAUAUCCGAAUUAAGUGCACAGUCACAACAAACUGAUCAUGAUACGACAUCACCGUUCAGAGAGACUGUAUUGUCGUCGCAAGAUGAUGAUCGAUUCAUGAUGGAUUCAUUGAUUGAACUCAGAAAAGAUCUUUCUGAAAAGGAGAGCAUCGCCGUUGCGGUUUUGGCGGGUAUGGCUGCCUGUCAGCGGUAG